AUGAAGAAAUAUAUUAUAAAUUUUCAAAAUCCAAAUUUAGUUAAUAUGGAGUUUAACACAUUAAAUAAAGAUUCAUGUUUUGAGUAUAAUAAUUCACAGUGUCAUGACAACAUCAAAAACAAUAAAAAAAAUGAAAUGAAUUAUCUUAAUAACCAUUUUAAAAAUGAAAAAUAUUAUGUAUAUUAUGAUAAAUUUUUGAGAACAAUUAAAAUUCUAAACAUGGAAAAAAAAAAUCAAAAUUUUUGUAAAAGUUACGAAAUUUUACAAGCUCAUAAAAAUGAAUUAGAACAAAUCAUAAGAAAAACAUUUGACAAAAAUACUAUUAAUGAUUAUUUAAAAAAAUUAAAUAAAAACGAACAAAAAAUCACAAAUUUUAUUAAAUAUUUUGAGGAAAUUAUUACAAAAAAAAACAAAAAAAAAUAUGCAAAACAAAUAAAUACUCAAAUAUCUAUUCUUUUAAAAAUACUACCUCAAAUUGUACACCUAUUAAAAGAUGCUCCGAUUUUGGAAAAAAUUAAUUAA